AAGACUAGAACCUGAACUGCCGAUUGACACUACCAACCGUUAUUUAACAGCCGUCAAGAAAACACCAUUUCCCCUAGAACUGCUUCAACAGAUAGUGGCGAAUAUAACAACUGCUUCGUUGGGAUUUUGGACUUGUUGGUAUUCUUUUCAUUAUUUUUUGUUUUUUCAAGAAAGCUGAAAAGGGAAUUAUGGGUAUUCAAGAUUAUGGCUUUUUGGAAGAUCUUCAAGUGGAAUUCAAAGAUUAUGAUGCCACAAAUGGGAUUUUUCUAUGCUUCUGGUUUUACUUGAACAAGGCCUCAACUUUACCCUCCACAAUUCUUCUGCAGAAUCAUUCAGAUGUCACAUCCCAUGCUCCUUUCCUGUUACUUGAUGAGAAGAAGAGACUUUUACUUUAUCCUUUACUAACUUCGUGGAGGGAAGAUGUGUAUGCAACUUCAGAAAGUGAAUUUCCUACGAAGAAAUGGGUUCAUGUUGGAUGUGAGGUCACAAAAAAUCUUUUGCGCCUCUACCUUGAUGGGGAGAUUGUAGGCGAGAAGUCUUUGACGUCCUCACUCAAUAAUGAUUCAGUAUCAGACAGUUCUGAAAUAUCGUUUCCUUGCAUUAGUGGAAAGGGUUCUCAGCUGGAUGGUUAUGUGUACAGUGCAGAGCUCUUGCCAGUAGUAUCAUCUAUCAAAAAUCACUAUGUUAAGGACCCUCCAGUACAACUAUCUAUCGAUAGUUCAAGCGCGUAUGAAAUUGAAGAAGACACUGAUGGUGUUUGGAGUAUUGUUGGUGGAAAGGCCUCCUGCCGGAGAAACUUUUCUUUAGAUGUAACACUGAUGGGUAACUUUAGUCGCCCCAUAACCGAAGAAGUGGAGGUUGUUGCUUCGCUUGUGUACGCCGAUGACGGAGCACCAGUUGAGAAGCCAGUUGAUGAUGAGGCACCUCUUCUUACAAAUUAUGAUGGAAUUGAAUAUGCUUCUUCUGAUAGACCAAGCAAAGUAAUUAGUGGACGUGCUUCCUUUAAGCUCAAGAUAUCUCAGCUUUCAUCCAAGUGUGAUAACAGGCUCUUCUGCAUUAGGUUUGAGAUUCCAAAAAUGGGUAAUUAUCCUUUCCUUGAGGUAUUCUCCAGACCAAUCCGGUGCAUUUCUCGGAAUCGUAAUACUAGGGCGGCCUCUCUAAUGUUGAGGAAAUCAUCUUUGGGAAUCCAUUUACUAAAUGGAUCUCAAUCUCCUAUAUUGGAGGAUGGAUCUUCUGAUCUGCCCUGUAUUGUACGUGAAGCAAAACAAAGUCCUUCAUCAAAGCGGGUCAAAUUAGGACAAGAGAAACUAUGUGCAAAUUUUAAGGAUGAUUUUGUGCUGCAGCAAGCUAAUGGUGAAUCAAAAUCUCAUUCCUGGAUCUCUGAGGAUAACAAUGCAUAUCCGAAUUCUUUGGUGGCAAGACCAGUAAGCCAUGGUGGGGCACAAAAUUUCUCCUCUGAUUCAGAGAACAGUGAAACCACAAACUCUGGUAUUGAUGACUUUCCAAGUAACAGAGAUCCAAUCUCAGAUGUGGAUGUUUUUAAAUACUGUCUCGGUGACCCGAAUGAGAGGCGUCUUCUUCUCAAGGAAAUGGCAAUGAGUGCUAAAGAAGAAGAACUUGCAACCUUUGCGGAGAGAGUUUCUUUAUUCUCUGGAUGUUCACACCACAGGCAUCAAAUAUCAAUUUCAAAGAGGCUGAUAGAAGAGGGAAUCAAAUGUUGGAAUUUCAUAUCCGAUGACAACCACCAUGUCCUUUGGGAGAAUUUGGUGUCUGGGCUUCAAGAGCAUUUCCUGAAGAUGACAUUUGGCCGUACCAGAUCUCUAACUCAUCAGGAUUUUGACCUCCUGAGGAGAGUCUCUGGUUGUCAAGAUCUAGUUUCUCAAGACAAUUUCGAAAAGUUGUGGUGUUGGCUGUAUCCAAUAGCUUUUACGUUGUCACAGCAGUGUAUUACUUCAUUGUGGGGUUCUGCACCACCCGUGUGGAUUGAAGGGUUCAUUACCAAGGAAGAAGCAGAAUCUUCACUUAGAGGUCAAGACCCAGGUACUUUUAUACUGCGGUUUCCCACAUCAAGGAGCUGGCCCCACCCUGACUCUGGUAAUCUGGUCGCCACGUAUGUCGGAAGUGACUAUACCAUUCACCACAGACUUGUGUCCCUCGACUUCAUUUACAGUUCUGGCGGCAAGGGUAUGACGAUAAAGCCAAUUCAAGAUAUGCUGCUUGAACAGCCUGAGCUCGGGCGACUCGGGAGGAUUGUGAGAAGCCAGUAGGUUACUCAAAGAUUUGCAGUUUUAUAGCCAUAUCAGAGAGAUGAACGGACCUGUUACUAACAAGCAAGGGAGAAUGAAAAGGGAUUUCAAAGAAGAAGAAAAAAGAAGAUAAACUAAGAGGGGAAACAAUGGGGUCUAGCCUUUGUAUAUAUGAAUGUCUGAGCAAUUUGUUAAUGUAUAUCCUGUGGAUUUCUGAUGAUAUUAAUACGCGAUUGCAUAUAGAUAGUAUUGAUUUAUGCUCUUAACAAAAUGCGGUUAAUAUUUAUAAUCAGAAUUUUUGGAGCAAGAAUGAAUGCAGUGGAGAUGGAACUCUUUAUGUUGA